UAUACAAGAAGAACAGCAUAAUAAGGAACCUGAAAGCUGUGAAUGUAAUAAAGAAUUCGAAAAUGAUGAAUAUUAUGAAGAAUCUGAAAAUUAUGAAUGUAAUAAAGAACUCGAAAAUGAUGAAAUUAAUAAAGAACCUGAGCACUCACCAGAAUCUGAAAGUCUACCAGAACUUAAAAGCCUAUUUGAACUCGAAAGUCUGCUAGAACUAGAAAGUCCACUAAAACCUAAAAAAGCAUUUUUUAAAAAUGGCCGAAUUUAUUCUUUCCUUGAAGUAUUUAAUGAUAGUGUACGUUGCAUACAAGUUUUUACUUGUGAUCAUUAUAGUCAAUUCAAACCUAAACCAAAAGACCCCAAUAAAAAAAACAGAAAUGUUGAGUUAAAAAAGUGCAGAUGUCUGUGGUCUAUUCGUCUUACUUAUGACCAAAAUGAUGAAAAAUAUUAUAUUUCACAAAGCAUACUCUACUAUAACUAUCCCUUUAUUCCUAUUCAAUUUAUAUGCUUCUUACCCUCUAACUGCGAAAUUUCAGAGGAUAUUAAAGAAGAAAUUCACCUUGCAAAAAAGGCAGGAAUUUCAACUUUACAGAUUCAGUCAUUGCUCCAGAAAUGUAAUAGUGACCCAGAAUUCUCUUAUGAAUUUGAGUUAAAUCAGGAAAAUCACUUGAAACAUGUUAUCUGGGUGUAUGCAUCACAAAAACAGCAGUAUAUACACUUUCAUAAUAUGAUUGUGUUUGUUAAUACUUACAAAUAUAACUAUUUUUCAAUGCCUUUUAGGCUUUUUGGAGCUUUCCUCCGUAUUUUUGGUACUGCACUGCAAACUAUACUUAUCAAUAAUGACCUUCCGAUGGGUGAUACUAUUUUUUCUGUUCUGACCGAAAAGCAUGAUAUCAAACAUGGUCUUUGUAUUUGGCACAUGCUUAAAAAUAUCAAAACCAAUAUGACCUCUAAACUUGGAGUUAAGUAUAAUGAGUUUCAUAAGAAUCUCAUUAAAUGCUUCAAUCAUUGUAUCGAUCAAAAUCAGUUUGAAGAACAAUUGAAUAGUAUUGUUGAAAAUGAAGACUAUUCAGAAGCCUCAGCUUAUCUUAAGGACCAUUUUUUUGCUGACAUGUUUUCAACACAAAGAGGAGAGUCAAUGAAUAAAUUGCUAAAGAGCUUCCUCGACUGUAAAAUUAGGCUAACUGACUUUCUUGCAGCUUUUAAACAGGCAUUUGAUCAUCGCGAAGAGGCUAAAUUGUUUGACGCUGUAUGCUUGGAAGAAAUUCAUAGCUGA